CGCCGCUAGGCUCUCGCGGGGUUUGACUCGUUUUGAGGGUUAAAAACAGGAUUAAAGCGGUCCUGGUCCAGGACGCCGCUCCAGUACCGUGUCUCCUGCGUGUCCUCGGUCAGGAUGUCCUCCCUGGGACUCGGUCCCGCGCCUCGUCCAGGAGCAGGGAACGCGCUGAAGACGAGGAAAGCCGUCUGUCCAAAUCGAGCGGUUCUGGGGGAAGUUACCAACUUCAGCUCAGCUGAUGUCAACACAAAGAAAACUGGACCCACCAAACAGUUGGUCCCGAAGACCAAACCAGUAGCAAAACUCGGUCCCGUGGUCCCGGACGCGGCCGCCUCGGUCCAGCCUGACGGUCCGGAGCUGCAGCCAGCGCCUGCUGCAGGUCCUGCAGGUCCCGGAUGGCUCCGUCCCGUCAGUGAGGACCCGGUGGACGGGUCCAUGGAGGAGGACCAGGGGGACGAGCGGCUCUGCCAGGCAUUCUCCGAGGUGCUGCUGUCCGUCCAGGACGUGGACGAGCAGGACGGAGACCAGCCGCAGCUCUGCUCGCAGUACGUCAAAGACAUCUACAAGUACCUGCACGAGCUCGAGGUGCAGCAGGCCGUGCGGCCGGACUACAUGCGGGGCUAUGAGAUCACCGGGGCCAUGCGGGCCCUGCUGGUGGACUGGCUGGUCCAAGUCCACUCCCGGUUCCAGCUGCUCCAGGAGACCCUGUUCCUCACCGUGGCCGUCCUGGACCGCUUCCUGCAGGUGCAGCCGGUGUCUCGCAGGAAGCUGCAGCUGGUGGGCGUGGCCUCCAUGCUGGUGGCCUGCAAGUACGAGGAGACGUUCAGCCCGACCGCCGGCGACUUCGCCUACAUCACGGACGGCGCCUUCACGGCGGCGCAGGUGCUGACCAUGGAGCAGCUGAUCCUCACGGCACUGCGCUUCCGGCUGGGCCGCCCGCUGCCGCUGCACUUCCUGCGCCGCAACUCCAAGGUGGCCAACUGUGAUGUAGAGCGCCACACGCUGGCCAAGUACCUGAUGGAGCUGACCCUGCUGGACUACGAGCUGGUCCAGUACCGGCCCUCGGAGGUGGCGGCCGCCUCGCUGUGCCUGUCCCAGCUGCUGCUGGCCGGCCUGCCCUGGUCCCCCACGCAGCGGCACUAUUCCUCCUACGACGAGGAGCAGCUGCAGCCGCUGGUCCGGCACAUCGCCAAGAACCUGGUGCUGGUCAACGAGGGGAGGAGCAAGUUCCUGGCUGUGAAGAGGAAGUACUCGAGCAGCAGACUGCUGCAGGUCAGCCUGGCCCCCCAGCUGCGGUCGGCCGCCGUGCGGCAGCUGGCCGCCCCGCUGCUCGCCUCCUGACGACCGCUCCACGCCGCUUCACCUUUUAUGGUUUUUAGCUUUUUGUGAAGCUUUUCUUCACGGCGGUCAGCAGGAAGUGGUCUGCCUGCCGACCUCCAGGAGCUGCUCCUCAGACCGGCCGGUCCGGAGCCGGGUUCUGGUUCUGCUUCCUGGUCCAGAGCCGGGUUCUGGUUCUGGGUUCUGGCCCCGUCCUGAGCUCCUGUUGGAGUCCUGCAGUGUGAGCUGUUGACUGUGGAGAACCUGGAGAACCUCGAGGCCUUCGCUCUGGAGCGCUGACAUGUUGACUUCUUUUUCUUUUUUAAUAAAGACUUU